AUGGCCGACAAAAACGAAGGGGAAGGCGAUUUGCCUCGAGAUUCUGAGGGGAAUUCUUCACAAACUAAACUGCCCAGACCAGUUUCUGGUAAAUCAGGAGGUUCUACAGGGUCUAAGAAGUCCAUGACUAGUGCAGUUGGUCAGCUUACUGCGAAAGCUUUGCGAGAAUUUCGACUUGAUGAUGAGGGGACUAACGCUUCUGAAUCGGGAGCUGGCGACACUGAAACUGUAAAUACAAACUUAGGGGACGCAAAUGAAGGCCCUGAAGGUGAAACCCUGCUUGAAGAUGAUGAGGAAUACGAGUUACAAGAUGAAAAUGAACUUGAGGAUGAAAUGAAUGAUGUUGAAUUUGAUGAAAAUAUCAAUGUCAUAAAUGACGACGAGCUCUCUGGUGCAGAUGACUCAGACGGCGACAAUGAUUUGGUUGUUUUGGAUCCUGAUCAUGUAAGUUCUGUUGUAAUAUUUUAUCGUUCUGAUGUAGAAUGUUACAGGCAAAUAAUUUGUGGAAUUUGCAUCCAAGUCCAACCAUGUAAUAUAACUGAAAUGUUUUGUUUUCUUUCAGCCUUUGAUGGUGAGAUUUCAAACUGCGUAUAAAAAUCAUCUUGUCAAGCAGAAGGAGAAAUUGGAACUGGAGGAAAGAGAAGUGGUAGGUUUUUGUUAAUAACUUGCAUAUUUUCUCUCUCAGAGAAAUUCAACAUGUUCCAGGUGGAAGUAAGAGACCCCCUCCCAAGAAUGGCAAGGCAUGGCAUGGAAAGCAAGUUCUCCCUCUCCCCUUAGUGAAAGUCCGCAUCUCCCUCCCCAAGAAAAAAACUACUGUAGUACCUUCUCCCUCCAAAACAAGUAAGCACCUCUCUUCCUAGAUAGUCACCACCACCAUGAGAAAGCAAUGUUCCCUCCCCCCAGAGAAAGUUGACACCCCACCGCCCCAAGGAGAAGGCAGUGCCCCUUUUGUCAGAACAAGUCAGCACCCCCACACAUCCAAGUCAGCGCCCCUCAGAAAAAUCUUCCCUUCAGAAUUGUUGUUGUGAUUAAACAUGACGUACAUCAAUAUUUCCAUCAAUAAAACCAAUAGACUGUAGAAUCCAAAUCAUAUACUGUUUGCUUUUCCUCUGUAUAGCUCGAGGAACUAACAAGACAAAAGAAAGAUCGUGAAGAGCUGGGUGUGAACUUGUACAGCUCUCAACAAGAACUAGCCAGGCUUCAGAUGUUACUUGAGAAAGAACAUGACAAAUAUAAUGAGAAUCACAACUUGAGAACAAAAGCUGAAGGGACGAUGAGUAACGUCAAGGAAAUUCACCAGAAGAAUACAAACAUACUGUCUGACCAAAGAAAGAAAGGUGCAAUAUGUUCAUAUUAAAAUAAUUUGUUAACAUUUGAUACUGAAAACUUUAACUUUUAUGUUUGAGGACACUGCGUGAAUUCUACCGUGGUUGCCAGAAGUUCUCGUAUCUUCCGCCCUAUUCUCGCUUGUACAAAUUACUUACCGGUAAUUUAUAUAAUAUGGCGGCACGAGAACCUUCGCCUUCUUGUAUUGAAACAUUGUAUUGUAUAUAACUUUUCUUUAGUUCAAGAACUCCGCACUGAAGUGGAGAAUUUAGCAUCACGUGUGUUGUACAUGCAAGAAGCAAAGGGGGACGUUCGUUCUGAUAUUGCUGUGAUGAAACGCGCUGCUGAGAAAGCACAUGGCGAAGUCACGGAGGCUGAACAACUUAAAAAGAAACAGGUGCGUAGGCUGCAUGUUUUCCUUUCCCGACGCAAUAGACGAUUCCCCUUAUUACGUUUUUGUAGCGCUUUGCAUUGUGGUUAUAGUGGUAUCACUGACAUUCAAGAUGGCUUAUUUUUUGUCCAGUGACCCUUGCAAGAACUUUUAAAAAAAGCUAGGGUCAGGUACGUGAUAGCCAACAGCAAAAUAUUCGCGAAAACAUUCAAUAUUUUCAUUAGAGGCCGCUAUCUUUAUCAGUGAUACCACUAUAACCACAAUGCAAAGCGCUACGAAAAUGUAAUAAGGGGAAUCGUCUAUUGCCUGCAAUAAUCAGGCCAAAUUCAUACAAGAGAUAUCAAGAUUUGUACUCACUGGCAAUAUUCUGAGAACAAAUCUUUUCUUGACAGUCUGUCUAAUGUCAAUACCGGUACUUACUGUAUUAGAUACAUAGAGGAUUCAUCAGACUAAUGGCAAGACGAACUACACACGUAAGCUAAAUAGUGACGAAAUACCUAGAUAGUUCUUCCUGACAAAUAAUCCAUUUAUUUGCCACAUUAAUACCCGACGAAUUAUCAGAGGAACUUUCUUUGCCCAUGUUCUUCCAAACAGAUCGUCCAAACUUUCACAUUUCUCAUAAGAGAGGCAGGAAUGAUGAUAAUUUUUUGCUGCUAUUCAAUUUUUCAGGAUUUCUUGGUUGAUCGUCUGACGCAGAAAGUAGAUCGUCUCCAUGAGGAGAUUGCGAUGUACGAUGCACAAACUCUCGCACAAGAAGAAGAGACAAGAUCUGCUCAAAGAACUCUUUCUGAAGCCGUCACCGAGAUAGAGGUGUGUGACCGCUUGAUUAAAAUAAUUAGCGUCUUAUUAGAAUAACUUUUGUUCACUAUAAUAGUAAUGAUUAAUAUGCUAAUUUGCACUUAAUUAGAAUAAUGUGCGCUUAAUUAGAAUAAUUUGCGUUUAAUUAGCGUGUUUUGCGUUUAAUUAGCAUAUAUUGCGUUCAAUUAGAAUAACUUGUGUACGUUCUUCAGGCAAUACAGUUAGAGAAAAAGCAAUUAUACCAGCAAUGGCAAAGCAGUUUGAUUGGAAUGAGCAGACGAGACGAAGCAUUUGCCGCAAUGCAGCAAGCUCUCAGGUACUGUUUUAUUACUGCUCUUAUUCAUUCCCAAGCUGACCUGGGAUGUGGAUUCUUGUCUUCCAUCUUUUCCUGUCUUUACCAUGUCCACCAUCAGUUCCUUGAUAUUUAGAUCUUACACAGCCCAUUUAUCUUCUUCGGUCACCCCCAUCUUAAGUCUUAUUCCUUAAUCUCUGGCCAGCUCUCCUUUAUCUCUUCUUAUUACAUAUCCAUACCAUCUCUGCCUUGCUUCCCUCACCUUCUCUGCAAUGUCUAUCACAGUAUCACCUUAAAUAUUCUCAUUUCUUCAACUCCAUCAUGUCUCUGACCAGCUCUCCUUCAUCUCUUCUUAUUACGUGUCCAUCCCAUCUCUGCUUUGCUUCCCUCACCUUCUCUACAAUAGAGAGUUUGGCAAAUACAAGGGCAACGGCAACGGCAACAUGGUCAUCAACAAUAGCAUUAAUCCUCAAAGACAAAGGCGAAUGUAAAUUACAUGGUCUUAAGCGUUGUGCAAUGCCGUUGUUGUUGAAACUAGUACGUGAUUUGCAUCAUUUUCACGGUGCAUGACUACGGCAACAGUUAAUUCGUUCGAUGUUAUUUGAGGUGUUUUAUUUGAAUUCGCUCACUAUUUUUACUUAAGGGUACGUUUGAAAGAAACAGGAAUACUUAAAGAGGCAAAUUAAGUAUAGUAACGUAUACUUUGGCUCAAAUACAACAAUAUAAGCAAUUAUAUUUUCCCCGUUGCCGUUGUCGUUACCGUUCUAGGUUGCCAAACUCUCUAAUGUCUUCCACCUUACGUCUUCUCAUCUCUUCAACUCCAUAAUGUUUCUGACCAGCUCUCCUUCAUCUUUUCUUACAAGUACAUACCAUCUCUGCCUUGCUUCCCUCACCUUCUCUGCAAUGUCUUCCACCUUACGUCUUCUCAUCUCUUCAACUCCAUCAUGUUUCUAACCAGCUCUCCUUCAUCUCUUCUUAUUACGUGUCCAUACCAUCUCUGCUUUGCUUCCCUCACCUUCUCUACAAUGUCUAAUGUCUAUCACCCCACAUCUUCUUCUGAUCUCUUCAUUCCAUAAUGUCUCUGACCAGCUCGCCUUCAUCUCUUCUUAUUACAUGUCCAUAUCAUCUCUGAUUUGCUUUGCUUCCCUCACCUUCUCUGCAAUGUCUAUCACCUCACAUCUUCUGAUCUCUUCAUUCCAUAAGGUCCAGCUCCCCAUCUCUUCUUACAACGUAUCCAUACCAUCGAAGCUCCGUUCUGCUACUUUCGCUGCCACUACAUAUAAGAAAAAUACGAACUCUGAUAACUACAGGUUGACUACCAUCUGCUGCACGAUAGUUCUUAGUGAAACCAUCUACUACUUAACUUUUCUAUAGUCUUCAAAUAGAACGCAUCAAGACAAUCGAAACAGAACUGGACGGAUACCGGAACUCCAUCUCAAAAGCUCAAGCCACGAACGAACAGUUGACUUUAAUGCAGAACAGAAUUGAAGCUGAUAUCUCCAUGGUGAAAAAAUUGAUCGGCGUCAGUCUGAACAAACAGGAGAUACUAAAGACAGAAUAUAGUAAAUACAGUCGGAUGCUACAUGAAACUGAGCAAGCGUUGAAUAAAGCUAAAACGGUAGGAUGUUUGAUUUUUUCUGUGUUGGUGUAAUGUACUCAGGUGAAUAAGAUGCUUGUGAUGUUACUCUGAGUGUAUAUCCACAUCGGGCAACCUUGAAAAAUAUGCCUGUCCACGGUGGGAAUCGAACCUACGACCUUUGGAAUACUAGCCCAAUGCUCUUCCAACUGAGCUACGCGGUCAGGUCUGUUCGAGUAUGUGAUAUUUCGGAACAGAAUCUAGUUCCUUCGAUAUCAAUGUAGUCUAAUAAUCAUGAUUUACAUACUUGAACCGACCUGACCGCGUAGCUCAGUUGGAAGAGCAUUGGGCUAGUAUUCCAAAGAUCGUAGGUUCGAUUCCCACCGUGGUCAGGCAUAUUUUUCAAGCUUGCCCGGUGUGGAUAUACACUCAGAAUAACAUCACAAGCAUGGUAGAGUAUUUGGUUUCGUUUGAUGCAUUACUACCUGAACAAUAGUAGGAAUUCUCUUUGUAUUUUUCAGGUAAUGUUUUUUAUGUUACUCUGAGUGUAUAUCCACACUGGACACAUUGGUAUCGAAGGUACUAGAUUUAGUUCCGAAAUACCACGCACUCGAACAGAUUUGGCCUCGUAGCUCAGUUGGCAGAGCAUUGGAUUAGUAUCCCAAAGGUCGCGGGUUCGAUUCCCACCGUGGUCCGGUCGUGGAUAUAUACUCAGAGUAACAUCAAAACUUAUUCACCUGAGUAUAUAACAUCAAAACACACACAAAAAUAUCAUUUUUCAGGUAGUUGCAUGCCUAGCAACUGAAGUUUUGUUGUUUCUUAUUACUCUAUGUUACAUUUCCACCUGUAUACAGGACAUAACGCUACGUGAGAGCGAGUUGACAGCCUUGAGAAAACAGGUUGAGCGAGAGUACGAAGAGAAAGUUCGAAUCGAGGAAGGCAUCAUGGAGAAACUCCGAAGUCAAAUGACUUUGGAUAAAGCUGCUCAGUAUAGCAAGAAGGUCACGGAUAAGAUCAAGAAACGUGGCACGGAAUUGGUAGGUUGAUUAGAGAAUCUUUCUACAAGUGAAAGGCGAUAACUUUCUAGGAUGAGACACUAGUCUAUUGUUGGUUUGCUUGUGGCUAGCUCUUCACAAUGGAUUUUGUAGACCUGCAGUGGUUAGAGCUUCUGAAUAUUCCUUCUUGUGUUUUUUCAGGACAACCAACUAGCGCAGGUCGAGAAUGACAUCUCGCGAGAUCUGAUGGCGAUCAGCAACGUUCAAACACGUUGGAGAAAUCUUGAAGACGUCUUAAAACAACUGAACGAGGAGAUCAGACAGAAAAAUGAGACGGCAGCGAAGAUUGAAAAUGAUAUUGUGAAAAAGAACGCAGUCAUCGAGAGGAAACAGAACAUGGUGGAUCAGUUUAAUAAACGGAUUGAAACACUUAAGAACAAAGACGGGGUGAGUUGUAGGGUUGUUCACGUGUUGUCCACAUGUUGCGCACUGAUGUUUAUACAUGUUAAGGGUUUCAAACGUUCACUGUUUAUACAUGUUAAGGGUUUCAAACGUUCACUAUUUAUCUACCCGUCGAAGACUGCAGAACUGGCAGUCGAAAGCUCGUCCAAAUGAAUGUUUUUAACCAGUGAACGUUUGAAACCCUUAAUAUGAAUCCUGGUUUCGCAUCUAACAUCUUUAAAUUUAUACAUGUUGUCGACUCUAUUGAAUUGAUUGUGACUUUAUCUAAUAUAAUUUAUACCUUUAUCGAAUCUAAACCGUUCACCCUAGAGAUCCAGUAAGGGCCAUCUUUUAUUGCAACAGUGUUACUACAGGAGGUAACCUAAACUAAACAACUUUAUUUAUUCUGGAUAGCGGGAAGUUAGACAACUGUAUAGCGCAGGAAUGAAACCUCGGUCAGAAGAGUCAAAGACACAUGCACGAACUACCGUGCCACUGAUUCAUUUUAUAUUUUUUCUUUCUUUGUUAGGGUCAACAAUUGGGUCCUUUGGAACUACAGAUCAGCACGUUGCAGAAGCAGGUCGAAGCGUCCAAUAACAGCAUUAUAGAACUGCAGCAGUUUUGGCUUCGGAACCAGAGCGAGUUAGUGAAGACCGUUCAACGGGUGGGGCAACAGUCGGAAGAAAUUAAGUCUCUGAAGAAACAGUAUACCAUCUUACGACACAAGAAGCAACGAACUGAAGGUGAGUCGUUUAAUUUAUAUCCUAAUUAUCGUUGCUCGUGUUGGUGCCACAGUGGUAAGUGCAUGUACUUUUCACGUCUGUGACCAGGAUUCGAUUUAUGCAAUAUGCAGUUGUCCGAUUCAUUUCAUCUCAGUCACACACAUGUGAAAAGAGUGCUUCCAGUUUGACUCUGCUAAACACCGAUGGCUUUCCUCAGUUCAGAGAUGGUUCUUACUGGAUUUGUACGACGCCUAUCCAGUAUAAAUAAAGUUAGUUUAGUUUGGGUUUCCUCCUGUAGUAACACUGGAUCAAUAAGAGAUGACCCUUACUGGACCUCUAGGGAGAACAGUUUAGAACUGAUAGAGCUAUCCAAUGUAAAAAAGUUAGUUUAGUUUAGGUUUCUUCCUGUAGUAACACUGGAUCAAUAAGAGAUUAUCCUUACUGGACCUCCAGGAAGAAGAGUUUAGAACUGAUAGAGCUAUCCAAUGUAAAUAAAGUUAGUUUAGUGUUUUGAAGUCGAUAUUUUUGUGUUUAGGUGACAUCCAACAUCAUUUAAGUGAGAUGAAAGAUAUUGAACGAAAUAUUCGCAACAUGCAAAACGAAAUGACCAAACUCAAUACUCUGAUCACAAAAGAGAGAGGAAUGAAGGACAAUUUGGAACAGAGUAAUAUCCUUAUGGAGGAUGAAUUUAUACGAACACUCAGGGUGAGAAUAUGGUGAUGAUGAUGAUGAUGAUGGUGGUAUGAUGAUGAUGAUGAUGGUGGUAUGAUGAUGUUGGUAGUGGUAUGAUGAUGAUGGUGGUGAUGAUGGUGGUGGUGAUGAUGAUGAUGAUGGUGGUAUGAUGAUGUUGGAAUGAUGGUGGUGGUAGUGCUGGUGAUGGCAGUGGUGUUGGUGGUAGUGUUGUUGUUGAUGAUGGUGAUUGUGAUGAUGGUAGUGUUUUGUAUCCUCAUUGACUCGUGUUUUUUCUCUACCAUUGUUUCCUUCAGGAAGCAGAACGUGAAUCAGUUGAGUUGCAAAGCAACAUCGAUGGCAUGAAAGAGGAAAAGGAAAGACUGUUGAACAGUUUAGUCGAAGCAGAGUAAGUACAUGAUCACCCUGCUUGCUCAUCGUUAAACGAAUGAAGAGCUUUACUUACUGGAAUUAUGUUUUGUUCAUGUCUAGGAGACAGAUUAUGCUUUGGGAGAAGAAGACUCAGCUAGCACGUGAAGCAAGGGCGACUGUAGAUGACGAUUAUGGUCAUGGCGAGAUUAAAGCAAUGAAAGCAGAAAUACAUCGUAUGCAGGUAUGAACGUCUAAAGUGUACAUUUGCCCAGCUUAAUACUAGGGAGUUUCACUAAACACUAUCGUGCAGCAGUUGGUGGUCAUCCUGCGGUUAUCAGAGCUAGAAAAUAUGUCGUAGUCUUGUUUAUGAUGACAAGUACAAGAUAACGUCAGAGAUGUAGUUUAAUUUUCUUCCUUCUUUUAAAAGUCAACAUUUUUGAAGUUGAACACCAUCUGCUGCGCUGUAACGUUUUCUGAAACCUAACAACCCAGUGAAUAUGUUACCAGUCCAUUGAAGCAAUAACCUUCCCAUUGAAUAUAGGUGCGAUACGCUCAGUUGAUGAAACAACAAGAAAAGAUGAUCCAAGAUAUGGAGAAAUCCAUCACUAGAAGAGAAUUCAUUAUCACAAGGUAAUCCAAUCCCUCACCUUCUCUGCACUGUCUACCACACCACAUCUUCUGAUUUCUUCAUUCCAUGUCUCUGACUGGUUAUCCAUAAUCUAUCCUUAUUACAUGCCCAUAACAUUUCAUCUUUGCUUCCCUUACCUUCUCUGCCAUGUCUACCACACCACAUCCUCUGAUCUCUUCAUUCCAUGUCUCUGACUGGUUAUCCAUAAUCUAUCCCUAUUACAUGCCCAUAAAAUUUCAUCUUUGCUUCCCUUACCUUCUCUGCAAUGUCUACCACACCACAUCUUCUGAUCUCUUCAUUCCAUGUCUCUGACUGGUUAUCCAUCAUCUAUCCUUAUUACAUGCCCAUAACAUUUCAUCUUUGCUUCCCUUACCUUCUCUGCAAUGUCUACCACACCACAUCUUCUGAUCGCUUCAUUCCAUGUCUCUGACUGGUUAUCCAUAAUCUAUCCUUAUUACAUGCCCAUAACAUUUCAUCUUUGCUUCCCUUACCUUCUCUACAAUGUCUACCACACCACAUCCUCUGAUCUCUUCAUGUCUCUGACUGGUUAUCCAUCAUCUAUCCUUAUUACAUGUCCAUAACAUUUCAUCUUUGGUUCUUGUCAUCUUCUCUGCAAUGUCUACCACACCACAUCUUCUGAUCUCUUUAAUUCCAUAAAUUAUCUGGCAUGUUCGAACAUGCGCAGAACGUUCAACCUUACUGUGACUGUUACGUCUAUCCUACAGAGGUGAUGCUCAAACGAAGACGGGGAAAAGUGUGAACACAAAGGGAGCUUACCAAAGAAAAGUCGCUGAACUAAAAAAGAAAAUAAAGCAGACAAAUAAUGAUGCGAACGAUUGUGAUAAAGACAUUCGCUCUCUUCAAGAAAAUCAACAACAAGUCAGUACACAGCUGGAAGAUAAACAAAGUAAAGUGUAUCAGUUGCAAAGUUCUGUGGACGAGGCUGACUUGAAUAUUGAUAGAUUGACUGAUGAACGAAAACGGGUAAGCGUUUUCAAUUUUAUUGUACAAUCAGUUCUAAACUGUUUUCCGUAGAGGUCCAGUAAGGUCAUCGUUUAUUGGUACAGUGUUACUACAGGAGGAAACCUAAACUAAACUAACUUUAUUUACUGGACAGCUCCAUAAGUUCUAAACUGUUAUUCCUAGAGGUCCAGUUAAAAUAAACUCUUAUUGAUUCAGUGUUACUACAGGAGGAAACUUAAAUUUAGUUCACUUAAUCUGUAGCGGAUAGCUCUAUCAAUUCUGAACUGUUUACUCCAGAGAUCCAAUAAGAGUCAUCCGUUCUUGGUCCAGUAUUAUAAAAUAACAUGUAUAUAACGCGUGCUCUGAUUGGUCGAAACCCGUGUUUGGAUCAGGCCAUCCAAACACGGAAAUUUAAAGUGAAAGUUUUUUAAAAGUGAAAUUUUAACACGGAAAGUUGUUAUUGUUGUUGUUUGUUUUCUUAGUUGUUGUUUUCUUAACUCUCGCAACAUUCCCGCGUGUUUGGAUCAGGCCAUCCAAACACGAAAACCAUAAAGUAAUUGUAUAUUACCAAAGGAGGAAACAUAAACUAAACAAACGUUUUCUACAGUAUAGCGGAUAGCUCUAAGUAAUGGUAAUCUCUUCUUGGUCCAGUGUUACUGGAAACUGGAAGUACUCUUCUCACUUGUGGCUAAAUCAAAAUUAUAAUCAGGCAACUGCAUAUUUCCGAACUCGAAAACACCAAUGGGUAGCAGAGAUGAAAAACUCCUCCUUGUUCAAUUUAAUUUCUUGGCAAUUACUUCUUCUUUAGAACCUUGCCGACAUCUUAGCAGCCCAGAAGAAGGUCAAGCACCUGACAGCUGUGAAAGAAGGUCGAUACACCACACUGUGCAAGACGUCUGAAACUCUCGACUCUGAGCUACAAAAACAGAAAGAUCGACUGCAAUCGUUGAUGACCAUUGUCGACCGCUUGAACCAAGAGUUUCCUUACGCACAGCCUGCAUUACGAAAAAUAACUUUGUCUCUUGGUAGCCGAAGUGAAGCUUAG